CACUCAUUUCCUCCUCAAAAGAACAAGAACAAGAACGAGAACAAGAACAACCAUCCUCAUUCUCUCUCCAAAACUCCAAACAACAACAAUGGCGGCUACCUUCACAAACCCAACAUUUUCCCCUUCCUCAACUCCAUUAACCAAAACCCUAAAAUCCCAAUCUUCCAUCUCUUCAACCCUCCCCUUUUCCACCCCUCCCAAAACCCCAACUCCACUCUUUCACCGUCCCCUCCAAAUCUCAUCCUCCCAAUCCCACAAAUCAUCCGCCAUUAAAACACAAACUCAAGCACCUUCUUCUCCAGCUAUUGAAGAUUCAUCUUUCGUUUCUCGAUUUGGCCCUGAUGAACCCAGAAAAGGGUCCGAUGUCCUCGUUGAAGCUCUUGAGCGUGAAGGUGUUACCAAUGUGUUUGCUUACCCUGGUGGUGCAUCUAUGGAAAUCCACCAAGCUCUCACACGCUCUAAAACCAUCCGCAAUGUCCUCCCUCGCCAUGAACAAGGCGGGGUUUUCGCCGCCGAGGGAUAUGCUAGAGCUACUGGAAAGGUUGGUGUCUGCAUUGCGACUUCUGGUCCUGGUGCUACCAACCUCGUAUCAGGUCUUGCUGACGCUCUCCUUGAUUCUGUCCCUCUUGUUGCCAUCACUGGCCAAGUUCCACGCCGUAUGAUUGGCACUGAUGCUUUUCAGGAGACUCCAAUUGUUGAGGUGACAAGGUCUAUUACUAAGCAUAAUUAUUUAGUUUUGGAUGUAGAGGAUAUUCCUAGAAUUGUUAAGGAAGCCUUUUUUUUAGCUAAUUCUGGUAGGCCUGGACCUGUUUUGAUUGAUCUUCCUAAAGAUAUUCAGCAGCAAUUGGUUGUUCCUGAUUGGGAUAGGCCUUUUAAGUUGGGUGGGUAUAUGUCUAGGCUGCCAAAGUCCAAGUUUUCGACGAAUGAGGUUGGACUUCUUGAGCAGAUUGUGAGGUUGAUGAGUGAGUCGAAGAAGCCUGUCUUGUAUGUGGGAGGUGGGUGUUUGAAUUCUAGUGAGGAGUUGAGGAGAUUUGUUGAGUUGACAGGGAUUCCGGUGGCUAGUACUUUGAUGGGGUUGGGGUCUUACCCUUGUAAUGAUGAACUGUCUCUUCAUAUGUUGGGGAUGCACGGGACUGUUUAUGCCAAUUAUGCGGUGGAUAAGGCGGAUUUGUUGCUUGCUUUCGGGGUUAGGUUUGAUGAUCGUGUGACCGGGAAGCUCGAGGCGUUUGCUAGCCGUGCUAAGAUUGUGCAUAUUGAUAUUGACUCUGCUGAGAUUGGGAAGAACAAGCAGCCCCAUGUGUCCAUUUGUGCUGAUGUUAAAUUGGCAUUGCGGGGUAUGAAUAAGAUUCUGGAGUCUAGAAUAGGGAAGCUGAAUUUGGAUUUCUCCAAGUGGAGAGAAGAAUUAGGUGAGCAGAAGAAGGAAUUCCCACUGAGUUUUAAGACAUUUGGGGAUGCAAUUCCUCCACAAUAUGCCAUUCAGGUGCUUGAUGAGUUGACCAAUGGUAAUGCUAUUAUAAGUACUGGUGUUGGGCAGCACCAAAUGUGGGCUGCGCAGCAUUACAAGUACAGAAACCCUCGCCAAUGGCUGACCUCUGGUGGGUUGGGGGCUAUGGGGUUUGGGCUACCAGCCGCCAUUGGAGCUGCAGUUGCUCGACCAGAUGCAGUGGUUGUCGAUAUUGAUGGGGAUGGCAGUUUUAUUAUGAAUGUUCAAGAGUUGGCUACAAUUAGGGUGGAAAAUCUCCCAGUUAAGAUAAUGCUGCUAAACAAUCAACAUUUAGGUAUGGUUGUCCAAUGGGAAGAUAGGUUCUAUAAAGCUAACCGGGCACAUACAUACCUUGGAAACCCUUCCAAAUCUGCUGAUAUCUUCCCUGAUAUGCUCAAAUUCGCUGAGGCAUGUGAUAUUCCUUCUGCCCGUGUUAGCAACGUGGCUGAUUUGAGGGCCGCCAUUCAAACAAUGUUGGAUACUCCAGGGCCGUACCUGCUCGAUGUGAUUGUACCGCAUCAAGAGCAUGUGUUGCCUAUGAUUCCAAGUGGUGCCGGUUUCAAGGAUACCAUUACAGAGGGUGAUGGAAGAACCUCUUAUUGAUCGGUUUAAUGACGGUUGGAACCAUUUAAAGAGGGUAAGCUAUAUUACUGUAUGUAUAUUAGUAUGUUCCUGGAUAAUUUAGAAGCUUUUGUCUGUUGUCUUUUGCAGUUUAUGAAGUUAGUUUGCUGUUGUCAUGUUACUUGUUACUUUAAAAAGCUUUUUGUAGUUUUUGAGCAACUAGUAUGGAAUGCUCUUCCUGUAUUGCUUGGAAAAUUCACAAAAGUGGUUUUUCGGCUA